AUGUACCUAUCUUUACCUCCUGGAUCUGGGAUGAUAGUUGCCUAUCUCUUUAUAUGGGUACUGGGUAUCUGUACUCAGGUCCACAGGUGCUUUAUGUACCUAACCAAUUCCACAGUCCCCAGGUCUGAUGUUGGAGGUGGAAGCCACUAUAUGUUGAUGAACCGUGUGUCACAAAUUCUUCAAGACCAUGGCCAUAAUGUGACCAGUCUGCUUAAUGAAAAGCGUGCGCCACCACCGCCCGAUUUUAAAGAGAAGAAAAUAUCAUACCAGGUUAUAAACUGGCAUCUAUCUGAAGAUAAGCAAAAGGAAAUUGAUAAUAGAAGACAACUCCUUGCAGAGGAAUUAGUUCAUUACAGGUCUACCCAUCACACCAACAUAAAGAUCUUUGAACACUAUGUGGACUUAUGCAGUCACUUACUAAGCAGAAAGGACAUCAUGGACUCCUUAAGGAAUAAGAAUUUUGACCUGUUAUUUUUAGAUGCAGCAGAUCCUUGUGUUUUUUUGAUUGCUGAGAAACUUGGGAAACAAUUUGUGGCCUUUCUUCCCACGCUAUUUACCAUUAUAGACUAUGGGCUACCAAGCCCUUUGUCUUUUGUCCCAGGAUUUGGUUCCAGUUUAAAUGACCAAAUGUACUUCUGGGCCAGAGUGAAGAACUUCCUGAUGUUCCUUGAUUCAUCCAUGAAGCAAAGAGAAAUACUUUCUCAAUAUGACGGCAUCAUCCAGGAGCAUUUUGCAGAAGGCUCUCGUCCAGUUUUGUCUGACCUUCCACGGAAAGCAGAGUUGUGGUUUGUCAGCUCUGACUUUGCCUUGGAUUUUGCUCAUCCUGUGCUUCCCAACAUCAUCUAUGUGGGAGGUUUAACAGACAAACCUGUUAGACCAAUACCUCAAGACUUGGAAGAUUUUAUCAUUAAGUUUGGAGACUCAGGUUUUGUCCUUGUGGCACUGGGCUCCUUAGCAACCCUGUAUCAGACAAAGGAACUUAUUAAGGAGAUGAAUAGUGCCUUUGCUCACCUCCCUCAAGGGGUGCUGUGGGCAUGUAAGGAUGCUCAUUGGCCCAAAGAUAUCAGUAUGGCUCCAAAUGUCAAAAUCAUGGAUUGGCUUCCCCAGACUGACCUCCUGGCUCAUCCUAGAAUUCGUCUUUUUGUUACUCACGGGGGAAUGAAUAGCAUAACGGAGGCCAUCCAGCAUGGAGUACCCAUGGUGGGGAUUCCCUUUUUAGCAGACCAACCUGAAAACAUGGUCCUGGUAGAAGCAAAGAAAAUUGGUGUUUCUGUUCAGCUAGAGACACUCAAGGCAGAGACAUUUGCACUUACACUGAAAAAAGUCAUAGAAGACAAGAGGUACAAGUCUGCAGCAAUGGCCGCCAGGGCCAUCAGGCGCUCCCACCCCCUGACACCUUCCCAGCGUCUGGUGGGCUGGAUUGACCACAUCCUGCAAACAGGGGGAGGAGCACAUCUCAAGCCCCAUGGCUUUCAACAGCCAUGGCAUGUGCAGAACCUGCUGGAUGUCCUACUGUUCCUGUUGGGGCUCACUCUGGGCACCUGGUGGCUGCUGAAGACAAUGCUGGGCUUGUUGCUCAGGUCCCUGGGUGUGGCCAGGAAGGAAAAGAAGGCAUAA